GCUUGUUUAAGAAAGAGAAAGGCACAUCGAAGACAAGAUUUCUCCCUACAGACUGCAUUUCUUCUCAAACUGAACUGAAAUGCCUGCAGAGAGGCGAUCAGCAAGAGGCAGAUCUGCAGUAGGUCGCUUUCCAUCUGUCACUUUUGGAUUUGGGGAGGACACAGAGGAAGAAAAAGAAGAGCCAAAGGAAAACAAUGUUAAAAAAGGAAAUGCAUGCAAGGAGUGGCUGCGUAAGGUCUGCCCAUGCUGCUGUCCCAAGCAUGAUGAUGUCAUAGACACUGAGGUCACGCUGGUUGAUGGGCUGGGUAAGGAGGACGGGGGAAACGGCGAGAGACCUGUGCCUGAUGACAAAGAGAUUGACGAAGUCCUUCUCAAAGUGAAGUCAAUAGACCUCCUGAAAAGCAAAUCAGGGGCGAAUCGCACAGAGCAUCACACUCAUCUCUACCAAAGUGAUAAUUUAAUCAUCCGCAGGGGGCAGAGUUUCGAGAUGUGGAUAACCUUAUCUCGACCUUUCAACCCCUCCUCCGAUGAGCUUCAUCUCGACCUUAAAACAGGUCCAUUGGCAGUAGUGGCAAAGGGAACUCAUGUAAUCAUCCCACUGGUGGCGAAGCUGGAGGGUGAUCGCUGGGAGGCUGCUGUUGUGAAACAGGAGGUCAAAAAGAUAAAACUGUUGGUGAAUUCUCCAACCACCGCUGUCAUUGGCCGAUAUCAACUCACAGUUGAAACAAAUAAUCAAAAUGGAUCGGCAAGUUCCACACAUGACCCUGCCAAUGACAUCUACAUAUUGUUUAACCCCUGGUGUCAAGGUAAAUAUGGACAUCUUAUGGUAAACUCCCCUGAUGACCAAGGUGUUUUGGAGGGAAACUGGUCAGGAGAUUAUUCAAAUGGAACUUCUCCAACAGUGUGGAGUGGAAGUGUAGAAAUCCUCGAGGAAUACCACAAAAAGAAUGGAACUCCUGUUAAAUAUGGCCAAUGCUGGGUCUUUGCUGGUGUUGUCACUACAGUUUUACGGUGUUUAGGCAUUCCCACCCGAACCGUGACCAACUUCAGCUCAGCACAUGACACAGAUGUUUCAUUGACAACAGAUGUGUACCUGGAUGAGAACCUGGAGCCUAUAGAGUACCUCAAUGUGGACUCAAUUUGGAACUUCCAUGUGUGGAAUGACUGCUGGAUGGCUCGUAAGGACUUACCUCCUGGCAACGGAGGAUGGCAGGCUGUCGACGCCACGCCUCAAGAGACCAGCCAGGGCACCUAUUGCUGUGGCCCUGCUUCUCUCGCUGCUGUGCGCUAUGGUCAGGUCUACCUGAAACAUGACACAGGUUUUGUGUUUGCUGAGGUGAACAGUGAUAAAAUCUACUGGCAGAAGAAUGCAGAUGGGACCUUCACUCAAAUAUACAGUGAGAAAAAGAUUGUGGGCAUCUCCAUCAGCACCAAAGCAGUUGGCUCUAAUGAACGCAGUGAUAUCACCCACCUUUACAAACACCCUGAAGGCUCAAAUGAGGAACGCAUUGCUGUGGAAACAGCAUGUAGCUUUGGCUCCAAAGCAAAAGCUUAUUCAUCUCCUACAGCUCAGGAUGUCUCUUUAGAAGUUACGCUAGAUGGUGACGGUCCUAAAAUGGGAAAAGAUGCAGAGCUGAUGAUCAAGUUGAAAAACAGCAGUUCACAGCAACGCAGUGUCAGUCUGCACAGCCAGGUGUCAGUCAUGUACUACACCGGUGUCCACAAAGCUACAGUCAGAACUGACACGACAGAUAUAGAAGUACUUCCCAAUGAGGAAAAGAUUCUGGAGUGGGCCCUGGAAUACAAAGACUACAAGGACAAACUGAUGGAUCAGGCUGCCCUGAUGCUUACAGUAUCAGGCAGGGUCAAAGAAACACAGCAGAUCCUUGCUACUCAGUUCAGUUUCCGACUCAGAACACCAGACCUCAUCAUUAAACCACUGGGGAAGGCUGUGGUAGGAAAGAAGAUGUCAGUAGAGAUUUCAUUUACUAAUCCACUGCCACAAGUGCUGAAAGCAGUGAUAUUCCAUGUGGAAGGACUUGGCCUUAUGACUGCUCGAAAGAUAAAUUAUGGAGAUAUUGGCAGCCACGCUUCUGUGUCUCUCACUGAGCAGUUCAUCCCCACCCUUUCUGGAACGAGAAAAUUACUAGCUUCACUGGACUGUAAGCAGGUCAGGCAGGUUCAUGGUGUGAGUGACAUCACUGUGGAGGAGAAAAGCAACGCCCCUCUAUAGUGAUAAUAGAGCCACUUUGAGGCUGAAUGCUGACAGUUAUUUCCUUUAUAUAGGCACUGAUUGUGUUGUUUUUUCUGCUUUUUGCCUUCUAUAUGAUAAGCCAGUAUUUUUUUUCACA